UGAAUUUUAUGUCUAAUUUUAUAAUUUUGUUUUUGAAAGCAAAUAUCGGACGAAAGUACUUGGAUUUAAAUACAAAGUAAGCUGAUAAACGAUCAACAAAUUAUGAUUAUUCUUUAAGAUUAUUCUAUAAGCAGUAUAAAUGUAUCAUAUAAGCUGCAACAUGAGAAAACCAACAAGUGCAAUUUGCGACCAGCAUGGAUCCAGACGAGACUGCGCAGAUGCAGGUCGCUAACGGUUUCUCUAAUUGCAAUAGGAUUUGAAAGCGAACAGCAUAGAUCCUGACCAGACUGCGCGGAUGGAUCCAUGCUGGUCGCAAAUGCACUAUGUUGGUUUUCCCAUGGCGCGGCUCAAUUACAUGUUACAGGACGGGAAGAGGCCAAGAUGAAUUUUAUGGCGAAGCUGACCGUGAAAAGGUCGUGUGUGUCUCUUGUGUGCAUUUUGUUGCUUGUGAUACUAACAUUUUAUAUUACAUCUGAAAGACGAGAAAUGGUUUAUUAUGCUCCAGAUGCUGAAUCCAAACUUUCUGACAAACCAAAUACAACAAGGAGAAAAGCGGGACCCGAAGUGAACAAACGAAUUGACAAAGUCAGUUCAAAAACACAUAUAUUGCAGUCACGUGAUUAUUCAACGCUGUCAAUGACAACCCGAAAGGAUUCAUCGACUGACCUUAUUCCUAAGAAUGAUAUAGUGACAUCAAUAGAAAACUACAAAGAACAAAGCAAAAGUAUGUCAGCGAAUCUCUCACGAACUGAUAGAAAAUAUGGAAAGACGGAGAAGUAUGCUAAAAUUAAAGAAGGUUUUUCCAUAAACGAAAAUUAUCCACCCGAGCAAAAGGAAAGGAUAGAAAGGAUAAAAAGAACUUGCACUAACAGGGCAUUAUUACGUGACUAUGCAUUUUACGGAUAUAUUAAUACUAAGUUUUAUUAUUCGCCCAAGUACAAUUUCUCAUAUUGCAAGGUCCCAAAGUCUGGGUCAACAUUUUGGACUCAAGUUUUUGGAAUUCUUAAAUUUGGAGUUAAAGUUUCAGAUAAAUGGUUUUCGAAAAAAAGAUCGAGUGUGCACGGUUCAAUGAGACCGUUUGUGGUAAAUUUUUUUAGUAAUUCACGAAGGAAUUCAUUGUCCGUUUUAGUGUCACGUGACCCAUUCAUUCGGUUGUAUUCAGCGUAUAUCGAUAAAUCAUACUUGCUACUAAACUUUGCCACAAACGUUCAUAUUAGACGACUUAAACCAACAGUGCAUGAUAGGUUGUGUUCAGUCGAUGUAACAUUUCAAGAAUUUCUCGACUUUAUCAUACUUACUUCAAGACAAAAACGACGAUUAGAUCGUCACUGGGCACCUGUUUAUAGUCUUUGUCGUCCGUGUGACGUUAAUGCUUACAUAUUAGUUAAACAAGAAAGCUUUUCAAAGGACACAGAGCUAGCAUUGCAAGUAUCUGGUGUUGAGAUUAGCAAACUUGAUGCGAUAAAGUCAGCGCUUUAUGAUCACAAAAUUGAAACGACAGUCCCUGGUGUUAUAGAAACGGUUUAUAAUAAAAUCCAGCACAGUAAAUUACGGUCUUGUGUAGACGGAAGGAACAUUGCAAUGAGACUGUGGACGUCAUUCAAAAUACAGGGAUACCUGAAAGAAACAUUACAAUUUCCAAGUCAAAUGUUUAAGAACGAAAAACGAUACAAUAAUGUAACCUACGUAUCACAGGUUAUAUUAGAUUCUAUAAACAGACAUAAAAUGACAUCAAUAGAAAUAAAAAAUCAGCGUCAUAAAGCAGUGGCAGAACCUUACAGUGAAAUUAAAGAAAAAACGAUUGACGGCAUUAGAGAAGUGUAUAAAAUAGAUUUUGAAAUGUUCGGUUAUUCCACAGAUCCCCCUGUUGAUACUCACAGAUAAAAUAUUAUACGAAUAACAUUAUGUGAAAAGGUACAUGUAGGUCAAAUAAAAU